GUGUUUUCAUCUUGGGGUCGGAAUAAAAGGGCUGGAAUAAAAGGGGGCAGAAAAGGCGCCGGGCGGGCCCGAUACACACCAGUAGGAACCGGGUGGCUGCAGAGCCGAGCCGGGCCGCCGCACCGCGCUGCACCAUGGCACCCACCCUGGCCACUGCCCAUCGGCGCCGCUGGUGGAUGGCCUGCACGGCGGUGUUGGAAAAUCUCCUCUUCUCGGCAGUCCUCCUGGGCUGGGGCUCUCUGCUCAUCAUGCUCAAAUCCGAGGGCUUUUACUCCUACCUGUGUAUGGAGCCAGAGAACAUCACCAAUGGCACAGUGGGGGGCACAGCAGAGCCGGAACCCGAGGAGGUGACCUGGAUAAAUAACUGGCUCACCUGCCAGGCCCAGGAUGAGAUGCUAAAUUUGGCCUUCACCGUGGGCUCCUUUCUGCUCAGCGCCAUCACCUUGCCCCUGGGCAUCGUCAUGGACAAGUAUGGCCCAAGGAAACUCAGGCUGCUGGGCAGUGCCUGCUUUGCUGUCUCCUGCUUGUUGAUUGCAUAUGGAGCGAGUAACCCCAACUCUCUCUCGGUUCUCAUCUUCAUUGCCCUGUCUCUGAAUGGCUUUGGUGGGAUGUGCAUGACCUUUACCUCAUUAACACUGCCCAACAUGUUCGGUGACCUUCGGUCCACAUUUAUUGCCUUGAUGAUUGGCUCCUAUGCCUCCUCAGCAGUCACCUUCCCAGGAAUCAAGCUCAUCUAUGACGCUGGUAUCUCCUUCAUCGUCAUUCUUGUGGUCUGGGCUGGCUGUUCCGGGUUGGUUUUCCUCAACUGCUUCUUUAACUGGCCUCUGGAGCCCUUCCCGGGGCCAGAGGACAUGGACUACACGGUGAAGAUCAAGUUCAGCUGGCUGGGCUUUGACCACAAGAUCACAGGAAAGCAGUUCUAUAAGCAGGUGACCACUGUGGGGCGCCGCCUCAGUGUGGGCAGCUCCAUGAGGAGUGCCAAGGAGCAGGCAGCACUGCAGGAGGGCCACAAGCUGUGCCUAUCCACCGUUGAUCUGGAGGUGAAGUGCCAGCCAGAUGCUGCAGCAGCCCCCUCGUUUAUGCACAGCGUGUUCAGCCCCAUCCUGCUUCUCAGCCUGGUCACCAUGUGCGUCACUCAGCUACGGCUCAUCUUCUACAUGGGGGCCAUGAACAACAUGCUCAAGUUCCUGGUCAGCGGCGACCAGAAGGCAGUUGCCCUCUACACCUCCAUCUUUGGUGUGCUCCAGCUGCUCUGCCUUUUGACGGCCCCUGUCAUCGGUUACAUCAUGGACUGGAGGCUGAAGGAGUGUGAGGACGCCUCUGAGGAGCCCGAGGAGAAAGAUCUCCACAGAGGUGAGAAGAAAAAGAAACGAGACCGGCAGAUCCAGAAGAUCACCAAUGCCAUGCGGGCCUUUGCCUUCACAAACCUGCUGCUUGUGGGCUUUGGGGUAACCUGCCUCAUUCCCAACCUGCCUCUACAGAUUAUCUCCUUCAUCCUGCAUACAAUCGUGCGAGGAUUCAUCCACUCUGCUGUCGGGGGCCUGUAUGCCGCUGUGUACCCCUCUACCCAGUUCGGCAGCCUCACGGGACUGCAGUCUCUGGUCAGUGCACUCUUCGCCCUCCUGCAGCAGCCACUGUUUCUGGCCAUGAUGGGUCCCCUCCAAGGAGAUCCUCUGUGGGUGAACGUGGGGCUGCUUGUCAUCAGCAUGCUGGGCUUCUGCCUCCCCCUCUACCUGAUCUGCUACCGGCGCCAGCUGCAGACUCAGCUGCAGCAGAAGCGGGAGGACGACAAACUUUUCCUCAAGAUCAACGGUUCAUCCAACCGGGAGGCUUUUGUGUAGCACCUACCACUUCAAAACUGUGGCCUGUGCUUCAGUGACUGACCUGUGUCCUCCACCCCACCCCAGAGGACCCCACAUACCCCCAGGAUCCUUCACGCUCCCUCCCAGGGCCCUGGUUAUGCCUUGAAGCUCUGUGGUGGAAGGACAGGAGAGGGCCCAGGACAAGCCAGUUUCUACUGGGUCUCCACGGUGCCUGCAGGAGGAGGCUCUCUCCCUGGAGUGUCUGGAUUCUGCCUCUUGCCAAAGUAGAGGGGUCGGCCAUCCCCUGCCGCCACCUGCCCCUUGGCUGCAUGCCCACCAGCCACG